AUGGUGCACUUGAUUACAGGUUCCAUCACAAUCAAGAAAUUUGAAAAAGAAAAAAUCAUCAUCUCCAGUAACAUGAUUCCCUCUCCUUCCGCGUCUGGCCACGAAUCAUCCAACAACAAGAGAAAACGAGAGGAUAUCGUUGUUGUUGGAAACGCUCCUCCAACAUUAUCAUCCGAUCACCUCUAUUCCGAUCAAGAGCUCGAAAUUAAAUCAUUCUUUGAACAGCGAGAGUCUCAACAAGAAGAAUUAAUUGAACAAAUCACUCGUGAGCUUUCAGAGCUUCAACUAGAAAAAUCACUUGAAAACUUUAUGAAAAAGUUAUCAUUGAAUGAUGAUCAUCAAGUGAAUGCUGUUCCUUCAUCUGCAAAUGAUGAUGGUGUCCCAUUAUCCAAUUUAAUCACGAGUCGUGAAAGUGAUUCUUUGGAAAUCAAGAAAAUGUUGCAAAUUAAACGCAUGCAACAUGAUGAACUAGUUGUGUUGAACGUGGGAGGACGAUUUUUUAGAUCCACCAUGAAAACGCUCAUUGGCGAAGGUCAUCUUGUGGACUCCUCACCAUCUUUGAAUGAUCCAAUUUCAUCCAAAACAGACGAUGACAUGACCUCAUCGUCUGUAGCAGAUGCUUCUACUACUCCCACCAGCAAUCAACACAAACAUUUUGACAACUUGUUUAAAGUCAUGUUUUCUUCUAACUUUUCAAUCGAAUACGAUUCUGCCAACAACGAAGGGAUCAAGGCUAUUAAUUUUCUUGACAGAAAUCCAGACCAUUUCGAAUAUGUGUUAGAACAUUUACGUCAAAAUGGCCGUGUAAAGUGCUUGGGAUUGGAAAAUUUGAGCCUUGAAACAUUGAAGGGCAUUAAGGAAGAAUCAGAAUAUUUCUUGACUGAAAAGCUGACAAAUUAUAUUACCAUGUUAAUGGAAAAGAAAUUGAGCGGUACUAGUACGAGCGAAAAUCUCAAUAUCCCCUCACAACCACAACAACAACAGACGUCGCUUGUCGUGAAUCAGCGUUUGGAAAAGAAUGUUCCUCCAGAAUGGUUAGAACACUUUAAAAACUAUGAAAACUCUGUGAAAGAAAAACGAGAAUACUAUCUAUUGAAAACAAAAGAUAUGAAAACUCUCACAGUGAAUCAAGUGAAGGAAUUAUCCAAAGCAUUGAAACAUCGACUUGUUUCCUUUGUUGAGGGCGUUGAACAACUCUCUGAUCUUUAUGUGCAGUUGGAUAUUUCAGGAACAAUUUUUAACAUUCCAUUUAGAGUGUUUAAAGAACAUCCACAAUUCAUUGUGUACAAGUAUAUUAAUUCUGAUAAUUUUGCAUUGACAGAGAAGGGCACCAUUUUUUUGGAUAGAAACCCAGCUAUCUUUCAAUUGAUUUAUAGUUAUCUCAUGAGCGGAACUUUUAACAACUUUCCUGUGAUGGACAAAACAAGAAAGAGCCAACUCAAACAUGAACUCAAGUUCUAUCAACUCCAUAAAAUUUUAGAAGAAUAUUUCGACCCCUGUAGAUACCCCAUCGAAACCAUUGGAAAAGAGAAUAUCAAACUGAAAGAGAAGGAAGACUUUUUAAGAGAGUUAUAUGUCAAGGAUAGAAAUAAUCCACUUCUUGAUGACAAGUACUUGUUACUAUCUCCCCUUUUCUCCAUGAUGCAUCAAGUGACUGGAGAAGCUAAAAACAAGUACGCAAUACCCGACGCUAAAAAACUCUUACAAUUCACAGAUGAAACUUGUUAUACACGACCUGUCCCAGAACCUGUCGUAGUUGAGUCACUGGAAGCAUUCAAACAGUCGUGGUCUGGUUUUACAAACGGUUUGUUGCAGGGCCUUAAUUAUGACAAUGUGUUUGCUGCUGGUGGGAGCGUAUUAGCAUGUAUUUUGGAUGGCCAAAAGAUGCCACCAAAGCAAAAACAUUAUUAUCACUUUGCGAAUGAAAACCCAACUCUUCGUUCAAAGAGUGAUAGUGACGAUGAAGAAGAAGGUUUUGAUGAACAGACUUCUGAGCCCUUGCACAAUUCCACAUUGAAAGACGAAACUGAGAAAAUUGAACGAGACAAACUGAUGUCCUUUGAUUAUAACUGGGAAUAUUCAGAUGCCAACUUUGCAAACAGACGUUCCUCUACGGGUUCGACGAGAAUGAUGCAUGCAUCAUCUGUAUUUGGGAAUUCCAUCUCUUCUUCCUUCAGUAAUACACCGUCCUCAUUGAAUAUGACCACGGGAUUCAGUGCAGGCAUGCCCAUUAUGGCAACCUCAACAUUGCCAAUGCCUACUCUUCCCAGUUUUGCUGCUGGAUUCAAUUUUACACCUCUUUCUACGGUUCCUACUACAAUAUCUUCGACCACCAUACCAGGAACUGGUGCUAUUAUAUUUGGAGUAUCAACUUCAUUGACCACAGGUGUGGGAAAUAAUGGAAUGAGUACCUCACACCAAGUCUCAAACGCUCCAUCUUCUUUUUCCUCAUCCGAUAUUGAUUUAUUCCUCUAUGGAUUGACUCCAGAACAAGCAGAAGACAAAUUAAGACAUAUUUAUCAAGUGAUUAAGCAGAACUGUUCUAGAGGCAACGUUUUAGUUGCUCGUUCCAAGUUUGCAGUUACCUUCCACACACAACACAACAGAGCGAUUCAAGUCAUUUUGAGAAUUUAUAAAUCCCCUGCUGAAAUUUUAUUGGGAUUUGACAUUUGUGCUGCAUGUCUUGGGUUUGAUGGUAAUCAAGUUUGGUCCAAUGCACGUAGCAGAAGAGCUCUCGCGUUGAAGACUAAUUUAAUUGAUCCUGACAGAAUGUCCACUACAUAUGAAUACAGACUCUAUAAGUAUGCAAAACAUGGAUUUUCAGUCACAAUACCUGGUUAUGAUCCAUCCCUUGUGAAAAAUCAUCUUGUGACCUAUCCUCGCCGAUAUCGAUCGAAAUACAUUCAAGUGAGAGGUUUAGCCAAACUUAUCAUAAUUGAUAGUGCCAAUCGAACGACGCAUAUCAAUUAUUUACUCUCCGAUUUUGAAUCACGUCGCGAUUACGAGAAGGUACAACAAUUGAAGUUAUUACGUCAAGUGGACCGAGAAAAAGCUUCUGAUUACGAAGUAUCACCACUCAACGUGAACAAGUAUAGGGACAUGCAACAAGAAUAUCAACGACUGAAGAAUACUUCUGAAUUCUUUACACAGCUCAAUAAGAAGAAUAACAGAAUAUGGAAGCCUUAUUACGUGCUUGCUUUGAAUGAUAUUGAGAAGUGCAUUCAUGACACGGAGCACGCAUCUCGUUUGACAGAAAAGAUUGAAUUUGUGACUGUGGACCCUGGUUCUCAGAGAGUUGGUUCCUUUAACCCCAUCAUUGAUAAUUUCUAUAGAGACGCCUAUGAUUACGCUACAGAGGUCAAACCUCAAGUUCUCACACGAAGAAGACAAUUCAAAACCGCCUAUCAUGCAACAUGGUCUUGGGAAAAGAAUUUAUCGACACAUUCGUAUGAAGCGUACUCUCCUUUUAUUAGCAACAAAAUUGAAAUAGCUUAUCGAAAGUAUUUGAAAGAUCCAACUGCAUCAGAGGUACACAUUAUGGACAAUUACAAGAUUGAUUUCACGACCAUGCAACAAAUUAACACCUCCGAUCAAACGAAACGAAGAAAAAUUAACAGGGUUGUUACAACUUCAUGGGGGCGUACCUACACACUAGCACCAGUUAGUACAGUAGGGUACAAAACUUUUUAUUAA